CUUCAUCUGAUUGGUUAAGACUUGAAUCCAAAUUGGUUGGAAUCGAUUUUCAUUCUCAAAAGGAGGGGAGGAAAUGAUCAUAACAGGGAAUAUCAUCCCACCAGAAAUUGGAAUCGGAAUUCAGAAUGGACUCCAUUCCAAAUCGGAUUACAGACCCUUAUUUCCUUGAACCAAACGGACCCUUAUUCUUUCUCAGUAAUCGGAUUUGAUGCGCACAAUCUCUCUCUCUCUCUCAACAGUUUUACACGGGUGAAGGAAGUUCGCUUUACACGGCUUCGAAUAUUGGUUUUGGCGGGUAAUCAACUCGGCUGAUCGAAUGAUCGCGUGAGUGUGACCUCUAUCCGAGCCUCGUUGGUUUCGUUCUUCUCCGGUUCAUUUUGCGAUGAACAGAUUACCCGAAAUAACCGAUAUUUUGACGAAGCUCGCUUUACACCUACAAAGCGAACUUCCUUCACCCGGUGACGAAGAAGUUUGUGAUCCCGCCAUUUCGUCGUUGAAUCAAUCUCUCAACUUAAAUGAAGUGUCUAGGGUUAGGGUUUUGGAUACUGCCCUCUCUUUGAUGUGCUUCAAGGCACCCAAGGUAUUCGGUUCAGAAAUUGAAUACAUGGUGAACACGGUUGUUACUGUCCUAUCUUCAACGAUAUCUUGCAAGGUGUUGCGUUUUCAGAAAGAGGAGUUUCUGCAGGUGGGAAGCUCGAUUUCCAGCUGCGAAUGUUCUGAAUUGGUUCGUGUGUGCGUGGAUGUGCUUGAUAGAUUGGAAGGACAUGCAUCACUUUUCCAUUUGCUGUUUAGUGCUAUUUUAAGAGUGGCAUCAUCAUCAUCUUGUUAUCAAACUCUUUUCCCCUUAAAUUGGAUUCUUAAUGUAAAAUCAAGUUUUAAAAGAAACUUACCCAUUUCAAAGCUACAUCGGCUUUUACAAGAGGAGAUCACAUUCAACAACCAGGGAAUGGCAUUGAGGUUGCAUUUGUGGUAUCUUGAUCCGUUAACUUUAAAGCAUGAUAUUUCAAGAAUUUUGCAAGAAACUACACAAAGACCUUUCAUUUGUUUGAAAAAAGAAUUGCAUGAGAGGAUAAAUUGGCGUUCUCUAAUUAUAUGCUUGGUCCUUUCUCCAACAAUGUUUAUUGAGACAAGGGGUCUCUUGCAUAAGUGGUUUCUGUUGACGGGUUCAACUUCCAUACUACAGCUUCAAGUAGGAUUAGUUUCAUCAAUACUAGAUGCACUUGCCCAGCCGAUGUGGUGGGGUAUACCUGCUGAAGUUGGAUCGAAUCUUCCAUUUUCUCGUGCCUAUUUCCCCAACAAUCACCGCCUAUUGGUGGCUUUAGCUGGAUCUAUCUCGGGCAAAAGCUUCCUGCAUUUGGUUCAUCUUGUUACAGAACUUUUACCUCACGUCAAUGCACAUUCUAACCCAACUGUCAGGCAAAGAGCAGCUAUCAAAGGGAUGAUUGAUUGGAAAUUCAUCUGGGCUAUGUUGAUAGAUUUUCCAUGUUGGUUCUUUUUUGCGGCUGCAUUGCUCUUCUCUGGGGAAAAUUGUGAAGUCAAUUUCUUAUCAAAUUACACAUCACAAGCUGGUGAAGAUGAACAAACACAUGAUGUAGAGCCAUAUCGUGCUGCUGCUGCAAGGUAUCUUGCAUGGAUCAUAAGACCCACUGAUGAAUCCCAUUGUGAUUUUUUAGUUGACUUUUUAGACAAAAUAUCAGGGUCUUGGGCUAUGAAAAAAUAUUGCUUGGGUAUGCAUAACAAUGAGAAAGUUGGCUGCAAGAAGAAACUCAAAUUUAAGGACAUCAAGAAGGAUUAUCUGGCCUCUAAUGAAUAUGACGGUCAGACAGUGCGACUCUGGAUCAAGGAAUUCCAGGAUGGUUAUCUAAGGUAUUGGAAUAAAACUGGCAAUGGUAUUUGUAGAUCUGAAGCAAGAGCACCACACGCUUUUAGCCCUCAGCAAAAUUUGUUAUUUAGAAGAAUUCCAUUGGGUAUCUUUAUUGGGUACUACAGUUCCAUAGAGGAAGAAGGGUGUGAGCUGCUGCUUCACUAUGCUGCAACAGGUGCUAUACUUUUGUCAGGGGAAACUCAAGUUGCUGGAUUGGAACAUACAGAACAGAAACCUAGGAUGCAUUCCAAUGAUAAAGGCCCGAUUUCAUGGUUCAAAGAAAGUCAAAAAAAGGAGACUGUUGCAAGGGCCUGCCUUGUGUUAGAGUUAUUUGAUGCUAUUGAGGAUAUAUCGGCUUCGAUAUUUGAGGUUGAAGAGAGACGACUAGGUUUUAUGUACCGGCUGAAAGUAAAGGCUGUAAAGUACUUGGUUAAAUGUAUCGAGGAACUACUCCAAUGCCAACAUGAUGAAGAUGAAGGGGGAGUUCUGAUGUUAAUGGAUCUUCACAGGAGAUUGGUGCAAUGGAGUCAUCACUUCCCAGCUUCCAGUGCCUUGGAUGAUGUUGUUAGAACUUUGAAUUGUAAAAUAUCUUCUAAGAAGGUUCAGUAGAUAAAAGGAGAAUAUGCUAUCCUUCAACCUAUGGUUGGUUUGUGACAUCUCUUUAGGUUGUGCUGUCUUGAAAAUAGUGUAAGCAGGGAUAGAAAGAAAAAGAAAGGAGAGGAAGAAAAAGGGUAAUCAUUUUUACUUAGUUGUUGUAAUAGUAAUGUUAGUGGGGAGG